CCCAUCAUCUGGCCGUCGCCAGUUCGCAAUUUAGCCAGCACGGCACAAGAAACCUUGGUCAACCAUGUUCACAAUGUUCACGUUUUACCUCUUCUGUCCCCCAUCAGCCGUCAAAUAAGCUCUUCCUCGCCCAGAUGCAAUGGUUAUCGGCCUCUUCAUCAUCACUGCGAUUCCUACCGUCACUGGCGUAGGCCAGGCCUAUUCUGCCCAGAAGACGGCAGAAGAACGUGAGAAAGAUAAGAAGCGCAUGGCAAAAUUUCACAUCGACCUUGUAUGCGAUGCAGAUAAGCCACGAUUCGGGGAGCUAAAUGGCAGGAGAGUGGUGUUAAAAGAUGACCUCGUUUGGGUUGGUGCCGCUGAAGCGUUAAACCCGUCGCCUGAGGGUUACGUCGCGGAGGCAUUCUACAUCGAAUAUCCUGAUAAAGAGCGAGAUCCUGUACCCCUUGGUCUUGUCAGCCAGACACGCGCAGACCCUCCGCUCUUGAACUGGAUAUAUCUGGACAAGAAUACUCUCGAAUUGAAAUACGGGAACAAGACUGCGAGCAUAGAGCAUCUUGUUGGCCCAUGGGACUGGACAAAGGAUGAACAAAAGGUCACAUUUGACGAAGUUGAUGAAUUUACUGCUGUACAAGAACCCAAAACUCGCCGGUGGCGAUUGUAUUAUGACAUGAAUGAUGAUGGUUUGGUCGGUUAUGUUCCAAAGUCAUGGCCCAAGGUGGAAGUGAAGUUGGAAAGGAUUCUGAUACCUGGGGCAUGAAUUACAGCCAAGUAUAACUUCUCUAAGUGCAGUCGUUCUUAGCUACGGUGGAGCAUUCGAUCCACUACGUAAUGCAUUUCCGCACUUCUUCACC